AUGCGCCGCAAGUGGAAAAAACAUGGCAGCGAGUCGGAAGGAUCUGCAGCCGACGUCGCGCAGCCUGGCCUGAUGACGCCUGUGCACAGUACGUCAGAUCCCAAGGGUAGUACCAGUUCGCUGCGGAAGCCUAGGGAAGAGAGCGAAAACGAUGCGGAAGUCAGCUCGGAUGCACGUGGCGCUGUGGUGAGUACGCGGCCGCGCCGCUCACGUACGCGCCAGCGUGUAUCGACAGAGAACACGCUGCAUACCGUCCCUGAACGCCGCACGCUCCAUGAUCGUGCCCUGUCACGCAAGAGCAACAACCCACCGUCCGCCUCCAGUUCGCUACGACGAUCCAUGCUGGAAAUGGCGCUGUUUGUCGUGGUAUGGCUUGCCAUGAUGAUCCGCAUGUGGCAUAGUGCACCUCAAGUGCAGCACAAGCUGCUGGAGCUGUUUGCUAUGGGUGUGCUUCUGUUAGUGUGCUUUAAUACGCACCUGACAAGCUCCAGUACCAUCUGGGCGACGCGUGUGCGCUACCUGCGCAAAUCGGAGGUCAGUGACAUUUUGUACGCAUUUCUUGUCCCAUUGCUGGCAUGUGCUAUGCUCCUGGACGUGGUCCCGAGCGAGCGUGUGCGCCCGCUCGCGCCGCCGCCCAUGGCGCUGGGCGUGCGUGGGGCGUGGCGUGUCGAACGACUGCCCUUCGUGACGGACCGCCUGCAAGGUCGUGGCUCGUUGGUCGACUUGCACAUCUUUUGCGCGAUACUUAUGGGCGUGCACGUCCUUGCCUCUACCAUCAUGCGACGACGUCGGAAGCGUGAUGGCGCGCGCCUGCGCAUUGAGGAACUCUCUCCCGUGCAGGCGUUUACGUACUACCAUGGCUUUGGCUUGGCGCUCGCGUUAAUAUGUACAGGCGCGCAUAUCCUUGCACGUCUCUGUGGCUGGGGCGCUUGGUUCUUCGCCGAUACGCCAAGCUGGGCGAUCGUCGCGAUUGCGCUGAAUUUCCAGACGCAGAUGUAUGUCUGGACACGCGUCGCACAGCAGAACUGCACGCUGGGAGAGCUGGCGAUUGUGUGUACCCUCAGCACGGCCAUGUUCCAUGAAGCGACGAUCGUGACCAUUGCGCGCCUCGUGCCAUCGUACGGGCGCAUUCUCUUCCGUGAGCCAUCAACAAUGUUGAUGUACCAUCUCGCGCUGAUGAUCGGCAUGUUGGUCAUUGGCGCUGUGCUUAGUCCCCUCUUGAUUCUCUCUCGCAACUUGGCCCGCCGGCCUACGCACCGCCUGCGCUGGCCUGACAAACGCAACUUGCAUCGCCGUCUUUUGUCGCUGGCCUUCUUUGUGCUGACGCUGACCAUCAUUCUAGGCGUAUAUGGCCCCUGGGUCGCAUGGCAGCUGGGCGGUCGGAAUCCGUGGCUGUACGUGGUCCGAUCCAUGCUGCAAGGCCCGUAUUGGUGGUCCCGCUUCGCGCUCCUAGGCUACUGGGGCUUGCUGUGCAACAUUGCGCUGCUCAGCAUCCAGCUGAUGGUCAAUCGUGUGUGGCAGUACGCGACUGUUGGCGACCAAGUCAAGCCGCAGACGACGCUGCGUCGCGUGCCGUCCGUGUCGUCCAGUGGUGUGCUGGCCGCGACGGAACGUGCCAGUACGCUGGCAGCGACGCAGUUUGCAGAAAAACAUGCGCCGGACGAAAGCACGUCGCUCGGCCCUCGCGUUGCUGUGAGUGUGAAUGGCCGCCGCAAGUUUUUCCAUGCAUUGGCCGUGUUGUUGUUUGUGCCUGGGAUUGCGUACGAUCCGGCGUUUAUGCAUUUGGCAUUCAGCGUGGCGUUUUCCCUGUUUAUUCUGUGUGAGUAUAUGCGUUUUUGUGCCGUAUUCCCCUUUGGGGCGACCUUGCAUUUCUUCCUGAGCCAGUUCCUCGAUAACAAAGACACAGGCCUGAUGAUCAUGAGCCAUGUGUACUUAUUGUCUGGCUGUGCCGCCGGGAUCUGGGGCGAGAGCCAAAGUCGGCUGGUCCAGCAGCUGGGCGUGCUAGUCCUGGGCAUCGGCGACUCGUGUGCCUCGAUUAUCGGCCGCCAGUAUGGCCGCUUUCACUGGCCACGUUCGAAAAAGACCGUGGAAGGCACAGUGGGCUUUGUAGCCAGCACAGUGGCGUGUGCGUACCUGCUGCGUAUGUGCCAUCUGAUCGAGCCGUUCAGGGUGGCGCCGUUUACAGUGGUCAUGACGCUUCUGGCGAUGUUGGAAGGGCUGUCAGAGCAGAACGACAAUCUGGUCCUGCCGAUUGCCGGCCUCGUGUUGAGCUCCAUGAUCCCCUAUUCCUAA